GCUUUCUGCGCCACCUGGAAGCUGGUGGACAGCCACAACUUCGACGAGUACAUGAAGGCGCUGGGAGUGGGAUUUGCAACACGGCAGGUGGGGAAUGUGACUAAACCCACCGUGAUUAUCAGCACAGAGGGGGACAAAGUAGUGAUCAGGACUCAAAGCACUUUCAAAAACACAGAAAUCAGCUUUAAGCUCGGAGAGGAAUUUGAUGAAACUACCCCCGAUGACAGAAACUGCAAAUCAGUUGUGACCCUGGAUGGAGACAAACUAGUGCACGUACAGAAGUGGGAUGGCAAAGAGACAAACUUUGUGAGGGAAAUAAAGGAUGGCAAAAUGGUAAUGACUCUCACUUUUGGUGAUGUGGUUGCCGUUCGCCACUACGAGAAAGCGUAGAGUUUACCUGAGAUGUGACUUCUGCUGGAUGGAUUCAUGUGCCGUCCAUGAUCCCACAUAGCUAAAAUGCACAUUUCUGGCAUGGGAGGUUAAUAAAGAGUUUUUUAGGCGGUGUUUUGUUUUGUUUUGUUUUGUUUUUUAAAGAAACCUUUCUGCCAUCAAAUUGGCAAGCUUGUGUUGUAUAGUGGAACAGUUUAAACUUGGCAUUAAAUUUCUGAAACACUCACCUCUCUUUUUUUUCACAGUAAAUGGAACAUAUUUGAAUUGCUUUUUGGAAUGCAGAUCAAACAGAAAUUAAAAAGUUUUUUAAACCUGUG